AGGAGGAGCCGGGCGGCGCGGGGCGGGGCGGCGUCCGGCCCAGCCAUGGCGGACGAGGGCCCUCGGAAGGGCAGCGUCUCGGCUCUCAUGGGCCGCACCAACGGCCUCACCAAGCCCGCGGCGUUGGCCGGUGGCCCCGCCAAACCGGGGGGCACGGGCGGCUCCAGGAAGCUGGUCAUCAAGAAUUUCCGAGACAGGCCGCGGCUGCCUGACAACUACACUCAGGACACGUGGCGGAAGCUUCACGAAGCGGUCAAGGCCAUCCAGAGCAGCACAUCCAUCAGGUACAACCUGGAGGAGCUGUACCAGGCUGUUGAAAAUCUUUGUUCUCACAAAGUCUCCCCAACGCUCUACAAGCAGCUGCGCCAGGUCUGUGAAGACCACGUCCAAGCCCAGAUCCUCCCAUUCAGAGAAGACUCACUAGACAGCGUUUUAUUUCUAAAGAAGAUUAACACAUGCUGGCAAGAUCACUGCAGACAAAUGAUCAUGAUCAGAAGCAUCUUCCUGUUUCUGGAUCGCACCUAUGUCCUCCAGAACUCCAUGCUGCCUUCCAUCUGGGACAUGGGCCUAGAGCUCUUUAGGAACCACAUCAUCAGUGACAGGAUGGUGCAGAGUAAGACCAUCGAUGGCAUUCUGCUGCUGAUUGGGCGUGAGCGAAGUGGAGAGGCCGUGGACAGGAGCCUGCUUCGAAGUUUGCUGAGCAUGCUCUCAGAUCUCCAGGUGUACAAAGACUCAUUCGAGCUGAAGUUCUUGGAGGAGACCAACUGUCUGUAUGCUGCCGAGGGCCAGCAGCUGAUGCAGGACAGGGAGGUUCCAGAAUACCUUAACCAUGUGAGCAAGCGUCUAGAAGAGGAAGCAGACAGAGUGAUCACCUACUUAGACCACAGCACACAAAAACCGUUGAUUGCCUGUGUGGAGAAACAGCUGUUAGGAGAACAUUUGACAGCAAUUCUACAGAAAGGGCUCGAGCACCUGCUGGAUGAGAACAGGGUGCCCGACCUCACCCAGAUGUACCAACUCUUCAGCCGGGUGAAGGGGGGGCAGCAUGCGCUGCUGCAGCACUGGAGCGAGUAUAUCAAGACCUUUGGGACAACCAUUGUCAUCAAUCCUGAGAAAGACAAAGACAUGGUCCAAGACCUUCUGGACUUUAAGGACAAAGUGGACCACGUGGUGGAGGUGUGCUUCCAGAGGAACGAGCGCUUCAUCAACCUGAUGAAGGAGUCCUUCGAGACGUUCAUCAACAAGAGACCAAACAAGCCUGCAGAGCUCAUUGCCAAGCAUGUGGAUUCAAAGUUACGAGCCGGCAACAAAGAAGCAACAGACGAGGAGCUGGAGAGGAUCCUGGACAAGAUCAUGAUUCUGUUCCGUUUCAUCCACGGUAAAGAUGUCUUUGAAGCGUUUUAUAAGAAAGACUUAGCUAAAAGGCUGCUGGUGGGGAAGAGCGCGUCAGUGGAUGCUGAGAAGUCCAUGCUGUCGAAGCUCAAGCACGAGUGCGGAGCUGCCUUCACCAGCAAGCUGGAGGGCAUGUUCAAGGACAUGGAGCUUUCCAAAGACAUCAUGGUUCACUUCAAGCAGCAUAUGCAGAACCAAAGUGCACCCGGCCCCAUUGACCUCACGGUACACAUACUCACCAUGGGCUACUGGCCCACAUACACACCCAUGGAAGUGCACCUCCCUCCAGAGAUGGUCAGACUUCAGGAAGUAUUCAAGACGUUCUAUCUGGGCAAGCACAGUGGCCGGAAGCUGCAGUGGCAGACGACGCUGGGACAUGCCGUGUUGAAGGCGGAUUUUAAGGAGGGGAAGAAGGAGUUCCAGGUGUCGCUUUUCCAGACACUGGUGCUGCUCAUGUUCAACGAGGGGGACGGCUUCAGCUUUGAAGAGAUCAAGAUGGCCACUGGCAUAGAGGACAGCGAGUUGCGAAGAACACUGCAGUCUCUCGCCUGUGGGAAAGCACGGGUCCUGAUUAAAAGUCCCAAAGGAAAGGAAGUGGAAGAUGGAGACAAGUUCAUCUUCAAUGCAGACUUCAAACACAAGUUGUUCAGAAUAAAGAUCAAUCAAAUCCAGAUGAAGGAGACCGUUGAAGAACAGGUUAGCACCACAGAGAGAGUAUUCCAGGAUAGACAGUACCAGAUCGACGCUGCUAUAGUCAGAAUAAUGAAAAUGCGGAAGACACUUGGUCAUAACCUCCUAGUUUCUGAACUAUACAAUCAGCUGAAAUUUCCAGUGAAGCCUGGAGAUUUGAAAAAACGGAUUGAGUCACUUAUAGACAGAGACUAUAUGGAACGAGACAAAGACAGUCCAAAUCAGUACCACUACGUGGCGUGACGCACCAGCUGAUGCCGUCUCCCAGUGAGACACACUAGAAGUACCUGAGAGUGUGGAGCUGCUGUGCUGUUUCCAGGUCCCCGCAGCUGCCCGACUGUGGCCGCUUGGAUUCGGAGCAGAGGAUGUGGUUCUUGGCUCAUCCUUCCCAGGGCGCAAGGACUUUGAGAUGACACACAUCUUUCCUCCCUGCUUCCUCCCCUUCUUCUUUAUUGUUUCUGUUACUCUCUGACUUUGCAUUGAGAAGUUCUUCACAAGCUCUUGUACCUCUGGCAGAAAGCCACAGGCUUGGUUUGUUAUGUGUGUGAGUGGGACACAGUGGACAUACCCUAGAUGCUGUGUUCUUCCCCAGAUGAAGACUCAGAGCCCUGGGCUGGUGGGCAUGGGAAGAGACUGCCCAGGCUGCCUCUCGGCUCUCUGCACCUGAGCAGUGGCCUCUUUUCUGAGUAUUUUCAGAAAGUUGGAAACUUUGGCUUCUGUAAAUCAGGUUUCUAAGUGAGGUCCCUGAUGUGUCAAGAGGCCAUCGUGUCUGUCAUGAGAUACAGCUCACCCAGAGGGCUGCUUGUGGUUUGUUUAGGGGCUUGGGGGUUUCCUGUUUGUUUCCAUGCUGGUUGAGUGUGGAGGUCCUGGUUUGGCUUUUGGGUGACUGCUGUUUGACUGUUGAAGUUGCAGUUUGUAUUACCAUAAUAAAGUGGGCCUGGUUUAUAGAGACCUCUGGGAACUCUGCCCUGGCACUCUCUGGAGCUUAGUUAGGUUUGUCAAAAGGCAAAGGACUUGUUGGUUCCUGGUGACAUACUGUGUGUACACGUGGGUUGAGCAGCAAGAACCAGGCUCCGUAGUACUGUUGGCAUGGUGAUGAUGGCAGACACUUUUGCAACAUUUAAAAGUACUUUAUAUUUUACAAAGUAGCAUGUUUCAUUUUGAUUAAAAGCCAAAGGAAUUUUGAUCAUGUAUAAGUGUUUAAAGCAAUAUUUUCUGGAAUAUACCAAGUUUAUAUAACUCGAUUUUAUGCUAAAUUAUUAAAGGAUUCUCCCUUUUUGAAACAUGCAUGUUUAAGAUAUGACAUCUUUUUGGGCCCCCAUAUUAAAACCCUUACUCUUUAA